UGUUAGGGUUAUGUGAAGUCACAGUAGUUUUGGUAAAAGUAUAUUACCUCCCCGUUAUAUCGUUACGUAGAUGCUUCGGCACCUCUGUAUUUAAGUUGUACCGAAUUUUCUCCUGCAAUAUUUUUUUAGGGGGAAAAAACAAUGUUAAUCAUUGACUAAUACUUAUCUUUUUUUUUUCUUCACUGCCACAAUUAUUUUAUAGUACACUUUCUAGUGUUUUCCACGGGAAAAAAUGUUGACACUAACUUUUUUGUCGAUAGUACGAAAGUACGGCUGAUGAUUUGAUGCAGUGUAUCAAAUUUGGUCUUUCUUUUCUGUGUUAUUGAAAUUUAUCCGAUGGUCACGAAGAAAACAUGAUCGCUUCAUCUCCCAGUAUUAUUGCACUAAAUUAUGAGAAAACAGUAAGUUAUCUGACGUCAAUAGCUAAUCAUUUGAAUAUUUUGUUUUAGUAUUUCUCGUGUAAACAUCUCUGUUGUAACAACCCACAAUAUGUACGCAUUAACGGUUUUGUGGUGACAUUGAAAUGGUAAUUGUAGACUCAAGAUAUAUCAAGAAAUAUGUUAGAUUUUGAAAACAGAAAAUUGAUAUUAUCAAAAAGCCAGAGAAAUGUAAAUUAAGGUUAUAAACAGGUUACAGCAUAGACAAGACAACUGUUUUGGUAUGUGUGUAUUUGGAUGAAUCUUGGGAAAUAGAGUCAGUUUACUUUCUGGCUUUUAACUCCAAGAUUGAACUCUAGGCGAAAAAAAGCUGUCCUAAUACAAUAUCUUGAAAUUGUUUCCUGUAACAAAAGAAUUUACAGGCUUCAUCAAGCAUCACUUUUUGCCUCAAGAAAAAAAAAUAACAUUGUUACUUCAGUGUUUAUUUGGAAGUAUCAGAAAAAUUAAUCAAAUUUUAAAAAAUUUUCUUGCAAAAUAUAAAGAAAUUUAUGGAGGUGAAACUUUAUGUGAAUCAGGUUUGUGAUCAAACACAGCCUGAAUCUAAUGACAUAUCUCAUCAAAUAUGUGUAGAUCCACAGAAGAAAUCAUAUCUCUUAAACAUCAAUAAGAAAACAUUCACACAAUCAAAUGCCAUAUUGAAACAAAAGAUGCUUCAGAAAUGUUGGAAGAGGAAAUAUGUUUACAGUAAAACAAUUGCUAAACUCUCUAAGAGUACUUUAACAAGUCAGAAAGUUUGUAAAUGCUCAGUAUGUGGUAAAAUAUUCUCUCAAAAUUGUCACAUGACUAAACACAAGUGUAUACAGAGAAGCAAGAAAAAACACCAUUGUGAUAUCUGUGGCAGAACCUUCUCUGAGAGCAGUACUUUGACUAAUCAUAAACGUAUUCAUACUGGUGAAAAGCCAUACCACUGUGAUAUUUGCAGUAGAACAUUCACUCAGUAUGGUCAUUUGAGUAGACAUAAAUAUACUCACUCAGGUGAGAAACCAUAUAACUGUGAUAUCUGUGGGAAAUCAUUCUCUCAGAGUGAUAAAUUAGCUAUUCACAAACGUAUUCACACAGGUGAAAAACCCUAUCAGUGUGGUAUUUGUGCUAAAACAUUUUCUCGAAGUUCUGAUUUGAAUAGGCACAAGUACAUUCACACAAAUGAGAAGCCAUACAGCUGUGAUGUCUGUGGGAAAACCUUCUCUGGGAGAAGUAAUAUGACUAACCACCAACGUACUCACACAGGUGAGAAACCAUACUACUGUGAAAUCUGUGGAAAAACAUUCUCUAGUAAAUUAUCUACACACAAACGAAUCCAUACAGGUGAAAAACCAUACAACUGUGAUAUAUGUGGAAAAAAAUUCUCUCAGAAUGGUCAUUUAACUCAGCAUUUACGUGUUCACACAGGUGAGAAACCAUACCACUGUGAUAUUUGUGGUAAAACAUUUUCUCAAAGUAGUCAUUUAACACUUCAUGUACGUGGUCACACAGGCGAGAAACCAUAUAGUUGUGAUAUUUGUGGUAAAACAUUUUAUGAUAAUCAGAGUUUAACUCGUCAUAUACCUGUUCACACAGGUGAAAAACCAUAUCAUUGUGAUAGCUGUGAUAAAAGUUUCUCUAAGAAAAAGAUUUUGACUAAUCACAAGCAAAAAACACAUAAAAAGCAAACCAUAAAACAAGAGAAUAAGUUGGAAGAAUUUGUACAAAUUAUUACUUCAUGA